AGUCACCAUGGAUUGGGGCGCAGAUGAGAAGAAGCCUUUGGUAGCCGACAAUUCAACACAAACCCUUGACGCGAAAGAAGGAAAAGACGUGAAACAUCGUGUAGUUAUUUGCUGGCACUACUCUAAGACGAAUGAGCCUCAUCGCGUCUACGUCUGUGGCUCAUGGGAUGGUUGGGAUAGUCGUCUACGACUUCACAAAUCUGACGACAUAUUCUCCACUGUGCUCCAUCUCUCUCCAGGUUAUUACGAAUACAAAUUCUGCGUGGAUAACGAAUGGCUGACCAAUGAACAUCUUCCAUUUACUGAUGUCGGUUACUACAGCAGAAACAUCAUCACCGUAAAGGAAGAGGAAGGCGAUGCAGUAGAACAGACAAGAACAAUUUAGUGUAGAUUACUUUUUAUACGCCAUUGCUCAGAUUUAUUGCAAUGAUUGCUGAAUUUUAGGAAAUGGUCACGUAGAUCGAAUACCUUA